UCUGUGAAAAGUGAAGUUACGUGUUGUCAGAAAGUAUAAAAUAAUUAUUGUUUUUAUAAUCAUUGAAAAUUUAAUUAAGUGAUAUCACUACAUUGUCACCGCGUUAUUCAUCAAAAAAAAAAAAAAAAAUAUAAGAGAAAUAUUGCGUUGAUUCAUUCAAUUAUAUCGUAAAUAGAAAUGAAUAAUCGUUAUCAACCUAAUUAUUAUUCUUGUAAUCAUUGAAAAAUCAUUGAUUCGUUUCAAUAUCGUAUUAAUUGGAUUUUAGUGAUAUGUAAGAGAUGCAGAAGAAUCGAUGAUUGCGAAGUGUUAGAAUCGAUUUCAAUGAAAUUUUAAAUAGAAUUAUUGUUGAAAUAUGAAACAAAAUUUGAAUUCUCAAUAUAUAAUAAUGAUAAUAAUAAUGAUAUAAAAAUGAGAAAAAAAAUAAGUAAUAUAGCAAAAGAAAUAUAAUGAAAAAAUUAUAUUACUAAAAGAAACACGAUUUUUAUUGUUAAAUAUAUUUUAAAUCAUCAGAUAUUUAUAGAUACAUGAUAAAUAAAAUCUUUACGUACAAAGUUUGAUUGAAAUUGAUUUUAAACAUGUUAUAUAUUUUUAUUAUGAAUUAAUAUUUGUAUUUUACUGUUUAUGUUAUCAAUUAUAAUAUGUGUUAAAACAUGUGAAAAAAUAUCGCAUAUGUUUUUGAUAAUUGAUUUAAAAGAAUUUUCUUUUUAAAAAAGUGAAAGACCGAAAAUUUAAGUUACCUUUGAUGAAGGUUGGAAGAUUAUCGAAGAUGGAUAUUUUAUUAUUUAUUUUAUUCUUUUUCAUCGCAUUUUUUCAUCAAAAUAUCAAUGCUGAAAGUUUAAAACUAUGCAUAGUUGAGAGCGUUCAUACAAUAAAAGAAAUUCGCGAACUUUGCCCACAAUUGACAAUCUCAGGAAAUCAGAUAGAAUGUGUUAUAGGAAAUGAUAGAUUCAAUUGCCUGCGACAUUUGUCUAUGGGUAAAGCCGAUUUUACUGUAUUAGAACCAGAAGAUCUGGUUGCAGCGUCCGCAUAUAACGAAUACAACAUUCUAGUCACAAACGAAUUAAGAUUAUUUUCAGACGAGAAACAACGUUAUGAGAUGAUCGUUAUAGUCUCGAAAAACGUGAGAAAUAUAUGGGAUGUUAAGGGUAAAAGAUUUUGUCAUCCUGGAUUAGAUACUACCGAUGAUUGGACGAAUUCUUUUUCAACGUAUUUUGAAGAAUGGAUAAUACCGAGAAAUUGCGAUCCAGAUAAGACGUUAUUAGAAGAUCGAAUAAAUGGUUUGUCAAAUUUCUUUGAGGCAGCUUGUAUAGCUGGGCCUUGGACCGCAGAUACCAUAUAUGAUAGUAAAUUAAAAUCGAAAUAUAGAAAUCUUUGCGCUGCAUGCGACAAUCCAAUGGGCUGUUAUUCGAGUGAUACGUAUCACGGUCGCGAAGGUGCCUUAUUGUGCCUUACUGAUAACGCAGGUGACGUUGCCUGGGUUAGAUUAAAUGAUACUCUGGAACAUUUUAAGGAUGAACGAAUCAACAAGGAAGAUUACAAAUAUCUUUGUCCGGAUGGUACAACGAGGCCUGUGAAACUUGAUAAACCAUGUGUAUGGAUCACGAAACCAUGGCCAGUGAUUAUUGCUAGAUCAGAGGUAGCAAAAAAGGUGGAAAAGAUAAUGAUUUCUUUGAAGACAGACAAGUUCGGUUGGAAGCUGCGUCAAUUGUUAGAAAAUUAUCAUCCAACACCGGUGAGCACAGAUACUUUGGAAGCGCCGGAAGAUUUUCUAGUAAGAUUUCCUCGCUUUAUGGGCGCUAACAAUCGCGUACCAUGUCAUCCAUCGAGAAGAGUAAAAUGGUGUGUUGUUUCGAACUUAGAAGAGAAUAAAUGUCGAUGGCUUAGAGAAGCUUCGAUUGUGUAUGGUGUAGAACCAGCGAUUUCUUGUAUUCAAGAAUUAACAAGAGCAGACUGUUUAAAAGCUCUUAAGACUGAACGUGCAGAUAUAUUUAUUGCAAAACCAGAAGAAUUGUUCCAAGCUAGAAAGAUUGGUUUAAAAACAAUGGCACAAGUAGUACCCAAGAGGAACAAUGAAUUCAUUAGAAUUGCAGCAGUUGUGAAAGAAGAUUCGCGGUUCAAAAGUUUGAAAGAUUUGAAAGGAGCCAAAGCGUGUUUUACGGGAUACCGAGAUAUCGGAUGGAAUGCUUUUGUGGCUGUAUUGAAAAUUAUCUCGAACUCAAAGUUUUAUUGCGAUACGGAAGCAGUUGCUAACUUCUUUACAGAAAGUUCCAUUGUUGGUCUGAGUGACAAUGAUGGGCAAAUGCCAUAUAAUUUACAUUCCUUAACUAAACAAGCAAACGGAGUUGGAAAAGACUUGAGUGCCUUUGAUUGUAUGAUGUCUAAUAUUGGCGAUGUAGCUUUUGUUGAUUUGAAGAAGAUUGAUGAAAAAAGUGGUACUUUAAUAAAAAAACAUAGUAAUCAAAUGCAAAAUAGUAAAUAUCGAACCUUAUGUUUUAAUGAAGUAGAUUCGGAUGAAGUAUGUUUACUUACAUGGGCAUCAUUGGGUUUGGUAAUAACAAAUGAAAAUAUGACAGAGUUGCGACGAGAGGAGAUUUAUUCCAUGCUGUUAGAAAUGGAUAAACUUUUCGGAAGUACUUUUAAGGGUCGUACGCCCGCGUUUUCUAUGUAUGGGAUAUAUGAUUCAAAUCAAAGUAUUAUAUUUCCGAUUCUCCCGCUGUUGAUGUUCCACUUGCAAGUCGUUUCUUACGAUCGUAUGCAACUACUCCAACUGCACCAAUCUGAUAUUAACAUUUUUCAAUUAUAUUUUAUAAAGUAUGAUUUGGUGAGAAUAUAUUAACGAAACUAUAGAUAUUAUUUUUUUAUUGAUAUUCUGUAAAUACAAUUCGACAAAUAUGAUAAUUUUUUAUGAAAAGCAAAAGCAAAGCAAAUGAAAAACAUACUUGUAAAAUUAUUGGUUCAUCUACAAUAUCUAUAUCAUCAUCAUAUAAUUCAUGAGGAUAUACUUCGCCUUCUCCAUAUCGAUAUAUAACGCAAUUUGAAUCACAUUUUUUUUUUUCAUUAUUUUCAUUUUUUUCAUUUUUUUCAUUUUUUUCAUUUUUCAAUUCGUCUAUUUCACAUUCUUCUUGUUCAUAUUCAAAUGAUUCACUUAUGGAUUUUAAUGAAUUUAAUGAAGAGAUUUCACGUAAACUACUUGGCGGUAAAAUUGGAAUUUCGUGAUCCAAUGCAAAUUUUUGAGCUCCUUUUUCAACAAUUAAGAUAUGUUCCGUUUUUUCUAACACUUUUCGUGCUGCAUAUAUUAUAUUACAAUUAAAAAUUUUUUAAAAUGAA